GACAGGUUUUUUUUUCCUCGAAAAAUGUUCCACGUACAGUAAUCCGAGUCAAUUGUUUAUCCGCUGCUUACGUGUAAUUAACAUCAGAACAACCUCUUGGUCCAGUCACUAUGGCAACUAAAAUUCACGAGUUCAAUGUGGAAAUGACCUGUGAAGGCUGUUCAGGGGCGGUCAAACGAGUCUUGGGAAAUAAAUCUGGUAUCGAAGACGUGAAAAUUGACUUAGAAGGAAAAAAAGUCUUUGUCACAUCGGCUCUCCCCUCAGAUGAAAUCCUGGAGUGCAUAAAGAAAACUGGGAAAUCCACUUCCUUCAUUGGAGCCAAGAGCUAACUCAAACUACUCCUAGCAAGCUGAAUCCCUUCUUAUGUGUUCCAAAAAAAAACAUUGCAAUAUCAAAAAUGCAUUAAACAAUACAAAGUUAAAGCAUUUGAAACAAGUGAUGCUGAGAAAAUAUGACAACAUUCGUAAACCUCAUAUUUCUUUAAUUAUUUAUUUUCUAUAAACUGGGAAAUUCCUUGAAUAAUCGAGGACAAUGCAUGACUAUCAAACAGUGAAUGGCACUGCAACGGAUUGAAUAAAUACAUUCUCCAAAUACAGAAUAUGAUAAUGUGGCCAAAAAUUCCACAUCAUCAAUGAAUUGAGCCUUUCGACAUUAAUUAACUCCAUGAGCAAUAAAUUAAUCAUAUACAUACACAUUA